UUCCCGUCGUACACGAACAUACCGUCCCCCUCUGAACGUAUGUGGAAGAGCAAGUUCAGCCCAACAGCGUCGCCCUGGGAUACGCUCAAAUCUGAAUAUCGCAUGGACCGGACAAAGAAUCGCAGAUCCCAUACAGAAACAAAAUGUUACACUCCUUAGCUUCGGAGAUCCCUGUGAAUAUGAAUACGCGGGGGCAACAGCAUGCGGCCGAAGGUCAUCGAUGUGACGUCCCUUCCUUUCGGUUGGCAAGCAAAAAGAAAGCAAGCAAUGAAGCAAGCCUUUUAGCAGUAGGCCCUGUAGAGCGGAUCCGCGUAUGAGUGUGAAAAGUCCAGCGCCUAUCAGCUCCCAAGUCUAGCUGUUUUCCUGGUGGGUGGAACGCGCGUGCUCUCCACUCAGAAGCCAUCACGGCUACGGGAAGGCGAACAUCACACUGCGGCAAACACAGCCGCCCCUACCUCGCAAAUGUAAGCCAAGGCCACCAGCGGCUGCCUAAUGAUUAUUCGCACGCAUUCGACACAAGAACCGUCGCAGGACGAACGACGCUUUGUAACCAUAUUUCCAAGGACCAUCCAUGUGGGAUACCCAGCCGGCCUCCGAGCCAUCAGGAUCCAACAUUGGCAGCAUUGCCCCAUGCGCACUUCAGCCUCGUUCUGCAGCCACGCGUCUUAUGGGCGGUCUCUGUUUUCAUUGAAUGCGUUACGCCUCUGAGAGGCGUCGCUCUCUCCAAGAAGAGACGCUUCGAUGGGUUCACGCGCACUUACCCGCGCCUUGCGGAGGUCCCAGACCCAGACAAAGCUUGAACAGAAAACUGACAUCACACAAAGGCCCGCGACUGAUGCAAACAUCAGUAUCCAGUCUUCACCAAUGACACCUUUGGCUUGGAGCAUGAAGAUCGCGAACAUGUUGUCGAAGACACCCAUAAAGGCUGUGCAGGUGGACUUCAGCCUCUUCCCGCCCACGUCCACUGCGAAAACUGCCCCGAGCACCUUGUACGGCCCGAAAAGGCAGAACCCUGUGAACGCGACGGCCGCGACGGCAACAGGGAAGGGAAUGUGCGUCCCCGACGUGCCCAAGAACACCAUCGUGCAGAGGAGCAGUAUUAUGAAUAAGACCAGCGUUGCCGCCCGAUGCUUCUCGGGAAGUUUGUCCUUCAGCACGCCAACGAGCAGCACCGACACACAGCCCAGCAGAGUGUAGAUGGAGGACGCUGCCGCCGUGACCGACGAGGUACGCUCAUCGGUCAAGCAACCCCUGUACGCUUUGGACUCUGGCCUAUCAUUCGGGUGAGCUUCGAAGCAGUAGGACGCAGCAAGGAAAUUAUUCGAGUAGAGGAGGAAAAGGGUUCGGGUUCCAUAAAGGGAACCUGAUAGUAAACAAAGAACCCAGAACAGUGGCGUCUUCACAAGGGGCAUCAAGCGUUGCAUGUAGCUUUGCGCAUCCUUUGUAUCUUUCACCACCGCUUGAUGGGUCUCCUCCUCCUCCUCCUCGCCGCCUGGCGCAUUACGCACAAAGGCUAACACCGGCAGCAACAAGAGAAAGGCAACUCCAGAUGCGAUCUGGAAAACUGCCCGCCAUCCCCAGCCGAGGAAGUUAGAGAGGACAAGGCGAGCAAGGACAUCUCCAAGCUGAGGUGCCAUCGACACAAUGCCCAUCAGUCGCCCAAGAACAUGUUUUGGAAUCCAGUUCGUGGCGACAGCAACGAUGGCCACCCAUGCCAGACCGAGUGCACAGUAGCCAAUUACAGCCCAAGUGGCAAGGAACCCAUAGAACGAAAAACUUCCAGAAGGUAAAAAACUGAAGAGAAGAGUUGCGGUGGCAUAGCCAAAUACAGAUAGAAGUAUCACUUUAUAUCCUCCUAUAGUGUCCGCCAUUGCGCCUGCGCUAGCCUUCCCAAACAUGCUGAAGAAAUAGCCGACAGAGAAAAAUGUUGCCAUCUGUGAGUCGCUAAUCUGCGCAUCAUCUUGAAACUUCGCCUUGACAACAUACAUGUUCGAUGUGCAAAAAUACUUGCCAAAAUAGCAACAACACAACAUCCCAACGACACCGUAGACUUUGCACGGGCUGGCAUCAUAGGAUUGCGUCCUGACCGAAGGCUGCUUGCCCAUCUCCAUCUCUCCUUUCCGCAGUGAGAACUUUCACGAGAGCGGCAGAGUGCGCGUUACGAUUGCCUGACUAGCAACGGGUUGAGCCCAAGUUGCUGAAGCCAAAUUGGGGUGUGGUAAUAUCGCGUCGACUCGGCUGUAUCAGUACGUCAACGUGGCAGGUAUCCGCCACGAACGGCGCGCCCUCGGGCAAGUCUGAGCGCCCGCGCGAGACUCGAACCAGGUGCGAAGCCUUCGCCCCAGGGCCCCAGCGUCGCGCAGCACCAAAAGAGGCAUCACGCACAUCUGCGAGGCCCCGCUGGGACGAAGCCAGGACAGGGACCAAAUCGG